AGGCUGCUCCGUCCCAUUGUUGCAGGCUUUAUUUUGCAGGGGUUGCCAUGGUGACCCAGUCCCAUGACAGCCCUGCAACCUGAAGCUGCCAGUCAGGUCCGGCAGGUAACUGUGACGGCGACUGCUGAGGCAGGUGGGCGAGAAUAAAAGGAAACGAAGACUUUAGAACCAAGUUUUAGACGCUGAUCAAUGAUUGACUGAGUGAGAUGAGAAAGUAAUUCAAGAUGGAGGACGGCAGAGAGACUCAAGACCCGGAGGCCUCGGAGGCCCUGGAGCACGAGGAUGACGGGACGUUUACAACGAUCUCUCUAGACGACUCAGCGGACGUCGGAUCUGCAGCCCUGUAUACCAAACAGGAAAACACACUUUUCAUCAUGAACUGCGACAUAGACGGAGACAUGGAGAACCAGGUGGAGAUGGAGGAGAAGACGAGGUUGAUAAAUCAAGUUUUGGAACUUCAGCACACACUAGAAGACUUGUCAGCGCGAGUCGACGCCGUCAAGGAGGAGAACUUGAAGCUCAAGUCGGAGAACCAGGUCUUGGGUCAGUACAUCGAGAACCUGAUGUCGGCCUCUAGUGUCUUCCAGACCACCGACACCAAGAGCAAACGGAAGUGAUCGGGUCCCGAAGGAAACUCGACGUCCGGGAUCAGCAGGUGUGAAAAGAACCAACCUCUGAGAUGUCGCGGAGGUGGUUUUGGUUUCUCAGCAGAACUUUUGAGUUUUUUGUAACCCGAGUAGGAACUAAAAACAUGUAAAUAUGAAUUAAAACAAAUUAAUGUUUGUAAAUUAUUUCACAGCUGCUUUUUCUGUUUUAAGAAAAUUUUGUUUUCCUGUGAACUUCAAAUAUUAUUUUUGUCUGUAACACUUGCGUUAUGUUAAAAUAUCAAACAAUUUUUUGACCAUAGACCCUGCUUACAACCGUCUUAUUUAUUUUGUAAAGUAUUUUGUGGAUCAAAUACUUGGGUUGAUCUUGGAUCUCAUGGCUGUCACGCUCGACUGUAUUCCUACAAUUAGAGGCCGAUAAUCUGAACAGUGUUUAGUAGAAUGAAAACUGUAAACCUUGUGACUGAAACCUGAAGUGUUUAUAAUGCAGGUUUGCAAAUCUAAUAAAACGUCAACCAUUCACUCACUAAA